AUGGAUUCUUCAAAUCCAUUUACUCAGUCUUCAGGUUUUCUGGAUCUGUCAAGUAGCCAACAGUGUGAUCCUGUCUCACAAAGCAUAGCUCUUGGAUCUUCAGAAGUUCCUCUUUUUAGUUCCCAGGGGACUAAUGCUCCAACUCAAGCUGAAGAGACAACUGAAGACAUAAGAGGCGGAAGGGAUUGGUCACAGAAGGAAGAUGUGGUGCUCAUACGUGCUUGGCUUAACACAAGCAAAGAUCCGAUCAUAGGGUAUGAUCGAAGGCCUGGCUCCUUUUGGAAAAGAGUUGGAGCUUACUUCAAUGCAAGUCCUCAUCUUGUCGGUAUGCCAGAUAGAGAGGUUGGCAACUGUAAGCAAAGGUGGUCCAAGAUCGAUGACCAAGUCAACGAGUUUGUUGGCUCGUUAUGUGCUGCAACAAGAAUGCAGUCAAGUGGGCAGAAUGACAAUGAUGUAAUGAAGCUUGCUAAUGAAAUCUAUCACAAUGAUUACGGUGCCAAGUUCACACUUGAGCAUUGUUGGAGGGAGCUCAAAAAUGAACAGAAAUGGCGGGUAAAUUUUGGGACAGAUAACAGCAAGUCAAAAAGAAGGAAGGGUGAAGAUGGUUCUCAAGCUUCUUCUGUCCAGUCAUCAAGCCUUGGAGAUGAAGAAGAGGCUCGUCCUGAAGGUGUGAAGAAGGCAAAGGCAAGGUUGAAGGCUCAAAGGAGGGCCAAAGAGAUGGAAGCAACCAGCAGAAAGCCUGUGGAGAAGUUCCAAGAGAUGUUUGAGAUAAGGAAGCAUUACUUUGAAAUGAAGGAGAAGCUUACUAAGCAACAUAAGUUGGAGACUCUCCUUAGAAAAAAAGAGCCUCUUAGUGAGAUUGAACUGGCUUUAAAGAACAAACUAAUAAAAGAUAUGUUGUCAUAA